AUGAACAAGGCCAACACAGAACUCUUGGAGUUGAAGAAGAAGGCCAAUGAAUGGGAAAUAGCCGAAGAGAGAAGAAUUUGGGAAUUCCAGAAAAAGAAAGCGGUAAGACGUCUAUUUCUAUCUAUCUAUCUAUCUAUCUAUCUAUCUAUUUAUCUGUAUAACACUAUCUAUCUAUCUAUCUAUCUAUCUAUCUAUCUAUCUAUCUAUCUAUCUAUCUAUCUAUCUAUUUCAGUCUAUUCAUAUAUAUCUAUCUAUCUAUUUCUAUCUCAAUUUGUUCAUAUCUAUCUAUCUCAUUCUGUUCAUAUCUAUCUAUCUAUCUAUCUAUCUAUCUAUCUUUAUCAGCGAAUGCAAAUGGAAAAAGACCGAAAAGCACAGGAAGAAGAAUAUGCUAGAAACAUUGCAUUCGCCAAAGACAUUCGCGAACAAAUGCGAGCCAAAGAGCAGGAAAUAAUCCGACGCCCACAAGUCUCUGUUUGUUUGUCUCUCUCUCUCUCUCUCUAUCUAUCUAUCUAUCUAUCCAUGCGACGACGAUUCAUAUCUAUCUAUCUAUCUAUCUAUCUAUCUAUCUAUCUAUCUAUAUCUAUCUAUCUCAGUCUCUUCAUCGAUCUAUCUAUCCUGUGUCUCUUCACAUCUAUCUAUCUAUCUUCACAUCGAUCUAUCUAUCCUAUCUAUGUCUCUUUCAUUUAUCUAUCUAUCUAUCUAUCUAUCUAUCUAUCUAUCUAUCUAUCUAUAUCUAUCUAUCUAUCUAGUCUCUUCUAUCAUCUAUCUAUCUAUCUAUCUAUCUAUCUAUCUAUCUAUCUAUCUAUCUCAGUCUAUUGCUACGCGGUCUUCCUUUGA